AUGGCAGAAGCAGGCGGGUUGAAGCCAGCAAAGAGCAGGAACAUGACGUUAAUGAGGACGCCCACAACGGCAACGGCUUCUCCAAUGAAAUUAGACGAGAAGGUGGCCCAGGAGCGUCUGCAUGAGCAUGUAAAGGGAGACUUUGAGCCAGUAGAGCACAGCUGUGCUGAAGGACCAGAUGCCGAGGAGAGACAAGAAGACAAUGGUGAAGAGGAGACUGCUGCCGAAGCCGUGGGCGAUCUCGACGAACGUUAUGCCGAGGAAUUUCUAGAGAGUGUUGUACGUCUGCGCGUCGCGCUCGCGGUAGUAGACGGCUCAUUGCCGCAGAGUGAAGGGCAGGCAAGCAACUUACGUCACGUAUCUUAG